CGUUCGGGGGGAGGGUUCCUGUCUGUUGCCGUAGCCUCUAAAGGAACAAACUGCUGGCACGGUUGCCAAGUAUUAUUGUUUUUCUCUCCGCACCUGGGAUUGUGUGUCGCGGUUUUAAACUAUGAACAAAGGUGGUUUUACAGCAGGCCGGGGGAGGACUCCGGCGGUGCCCGAUAAAGUCGACAUGUCCUUAGAUGACAUAAUUCGGUUGAACAAAAAGGAGCAACAGUUCAAAAGGAGACAGGCCACCGUGAACCGCCGACCAGUCAAGAGGAAAGGCAGUUUAACCCAAGCAAAGGGGGUCUCGUCCAGGGCAGCUGGACCCGUCCAGAGAGGAGGGGGCGUGCCCCGAGGAGGAGCACCUAAAUUAAGAAACCGAAGGGUCCCUCCGCCACCGGGGAGACGACGGGGUCAAGGGGUCAUCACAGGACUGGCAGCCAGGCGGCCAGCUGCCCUGCUGAAACGGGUCGGCACAUUCAGCAAAGCAGCAAUCAACCAGAAAACAAGACAGAAAACAAAACCUUUCAUUCAGCGCCUUGAAGUUCAGUACAGGAAGCCAGAGGUACAGAGGCGGCCGUACAGGCACCUCGAUCCACAGAGAGCCCAGAAUGCAACAUCGGUCAGGAGACCAUUUCAGCUGCAACGACGACCACUGCCGCCUGUCCAGCAGACUCAGAGAGAAGCACGUCAGGCCACAUUUCUCUUUCGCAGAGGACUCAAGGUACAGGCACAAGUGCAAAAGCCGAAUCCUCACACUCCUCCAGUCAGAACUCGCCAGUGGCGCACAUCAUCUACCAGCAGUGGAAUCUUGACUGUUUCAAUUGACAAUCCAACAGCCAGGACUCAGCCUGAACCUCCCACUGCUUGGACCCUGCAUCCCCCAACAUCCACCUCUGCUCCCGUCAAGGUGGAAACGGUGGAGAAGAAAAUACCAAAAGGAGUGCCUCUGCAGUUUGACAUCAACAGUGUUGGGAAACCGCAAACAUCGAUGACCUUGAACGAGCGAUUCCGCAUCCUGAAAGAUCAGCGUUCCGCCACAGCACAAAGCGUUAAAGGCAGCAGAUUUGUUACCGUGGGUUAGCCGGGCAAAAAAGACGAUGACAAGUAAUAAUACUAAGAAGCCCUUCUGUCCUGCUCAGAUCCACACAGUGACCCCCACCUUUCUGACGGAGGGGACGUGCUGAACCACCGACUGACGUUACUAAUGAGAGGGAGAGAAAAUGUGGGACACGUGAGCACAACAUGCGCAAUGGCUCAGCUGUGAGAACACAAGUGUGCAAAGUGUCAAUGGACGUUGGUUUAAAAUAAGUUCCCAUUCAUUGUCCAUAUCAUUGUACUCCACUGUUUGUAUUGUGGACGUCCUAUACUUUGGACGUGGAACUGGUGAAGCUGUCAUGAAGACUGUUUGGAAGGAUUUCUUAUUUAGAGAGAACUGCUAUGUAUUUGCAAGGGUGACAAGUAUGUUCCCAAUACCCGUUUUUGACAUUUUUGAGAAUUGUUUUCUAAUGUUUCUUCAAAUAAACAAAUUUCUCUUUCAA